AUGUCACCACAGGUGGCGCUCUUCACAAGGCUUGUUUUCGUUGACCCCGAAGUGGGCCUGUGUAAAGUCAAAUUGGGUGCCCACCACGGAAAAAAAAACUUUCUGAACCUCGGAAAACGGCUCACCAGUGACUGCCUCGAUAUGAGGUCUGUUUCAUUUGUACAAAGACUGGAAAUAGACUUACCAGGAAAUCUGUUUACACAUGCACUUGCUCUAGGAGAUAUUGACAACGACCAGAUAAAUGAGUUUGUUGUUGGUAAUGUGAAUGGUUUACUAUGUAUUUAUAAAGGAAUGAGUACACAACCAUGGAGGUUGGCAAGUGGUCUUGGAAUGGUUACUUGUGUUGGUAUUGGAGAUGUCUGCAACAAGGGAAAAAACUUUUUAGUUUGUCUCAGCGGAGAAGGCUGGUGUAAUAUUUUCAAUGUGACAGAAGUGAAACCACGCAGUGAUCAAGACGCAUCAAAACAGGAUGGCCAAGAGAAAGUCGAAGACGACGUUAUAAUAGCCAAUCAUGUUCAGCAUAUUCCAGCAAAUACAAAAAUGUUAUUAAUUCAUGAUAUAGAUAAUGAUGGCCAGUGUGAGCUCGUAGUUGGACACACAGACAGAAUGGUGAGAGCGUACAGAUGGGUUGAAAACACCCCCACAGAGACAGUGAGAUUCACUGCUGGUCAUUUUGUCUUGUUACAACAAUGGUACUUGCCUGGACAGUUUGGUUCCUUAUCGGUUAAUAUAAAAUCAGAUGGUUCAUCUAUGUUGAUUGUAUCGCAGCCUGGUUGUAACUAUGUAGAACUGGUGUGUGUUUGGAAAGAAGAUGUUAAAGAUAACAAAGAUCAAAAUGAGCAGCAUGUGAUAUAUCAUCCAAUAUCCACAACAAGAGCAAGAAAUCCAGGUGUCUCCACAGAAAUAGUCGGUCACAUAUCAAGAGGUACUGAAUCUGGUAAAGAUAAUCUCUAUGCUCUAUGUACACUUGAUGGCACUUUGAUGUUAGUGGCUGAUGAUAAAAUACAGUGGUCUCACUUAGUGGAUCAUCAAUUAUUUGCGCUUUCAAAGCUGGAUAUAACAGGUGAUGGUAAAGAAGAAGUGAUAGCAUGUGCGUGGGAUGGUCAAACUUACAUUGUCGAUCACAAUAAGCAUUCUGUGAGGUUCCACUUUGAGGAAAAUGUCAGUGCAUUUUGUGCUGGUUAUUAUGGUGUUGAUGGCCAUAACAAUGCUACAUUAGUAUACGCUACUUUCAAAAACCGUAUAUAUUUAUAUUGGAAUGUGCAAUUACCCAUGAUUCCUUCAUCUUCCCUUUUGGAUGUGAUGGCCAAAGAUGAAAGUGUGCAGCGAUACUUGAAUGAUUUGGACAUUGAUUCCACAGACACUUGUAAGUUGAGAACUAUGUAUCAUCAAUAUAUAUAUGGACAAUCCAGUUCAAAUGGCUAA